AUGCCCUCCCAGAAGGCAAUCGGUGUAAAUGAGCUGGCGCACCCGGUGAAGCUGAUCGAUCGUCCUAUCCCCAAACCUGGAUCAGGUCAGGUGCUCGUCAAAGUCUCCAUUGCAGGAUUAAAUCCACACGAUGGUCGCGUUCGCGAGAUUGCAUAUUUCGUGGGAAAGGAGAACCUACCCGCCACAUUUGCCGUCGACAUCGUUGGAAAAAUAGCCGAGCUUGGUCCAGAUGUGACCUCGUUCAACAUUGGUAACCAGGUUUUUGGCCAAGGUGACCCUGCAUUAUCAGAUACAAAAGGCUCCCAGGAAUAUGCUUUGCUUGAGGCGGAUUUUAUUGCGCCUCUGCCGAUAGCAGUCACUCCGGACCAAACUUCAACCAUUAUCCUGAACGCGCUGACGUCUUACGUCGCGCUCUUUUUCGCAACUGGGAUUCGGCUUGCCCUCACCCUUGUCUGCGGACACAAAGUCAGCAUGGUCAUCGUCGGUGGUAACUCUGCUUGUGGUAAAUCCGGCAUUCAGCUGGCGAAAUGGGCUGGGGUUGGGACAAUCAUCCUUACCGCUGGGAUUCACGCAGAGAAGACCUUGAAAGAAAUGGGCGCAAACCUUGUUAUCGAUCGCUGUCUAUCGGAUGAUAAUGUCUAUCAGGCAGUUCGACAUGCUGUGGGCGACGACCUUUUAUACGUCUGCGACACUGUAAACGCAGACGAUCAAACAUUGGGAGUUCGACUGCUGUCCGACUCAAAGGAGGGUACAUUUGUGCCUUUGCGUCCUCGCGAUAACGCCAUCGAUGCGACGGCCGUGGGCUCCAAGAGGGCGGGCUACAGGGUGCAGAGGUUCGUUGCCGGACCCGUGCUGUUCAGACAGGUGGCGGCGGAGUUCUUCAAGGCCCUGCCCAAUCUGAUCGAUGAUGGAGUCUUGCAGCCUACACCGUUCAAUGUGAUCAAAGGGCUGGAUGCAGACGAGAUCAAUAAGCAGCUUGACGGUUGGCGAGACGGGGGCUGGCCAACAAGGGCUAACAUUCAUGUGGCUGUCUAGGACAAACCAUUUAGUGACCAUAAGGGCCUAGAAUUCUCGUACGAGGCUUCCCCACAUUCAGCUGAGGUGUAAUCAAAAAAUAAGGGCUAACAAAGCACGAUUCUGCCAGCUGAUACACCGGGCAUGAGUUUCGCAUCAGCUCCACCUUUUCCGAUGUCGAUGUUUAGUAUGUACACAGAAUAAUCAUAGUAUGUACUUGUGCUUUGAAGCCACUGUAGCC